AAUAUAUAAUUCUCUGACAAGGCGCCUUCUUCCCGUUGCAGUAGCUAAUUGCGCAUAAGCCCAAAAAAAAAAAAAACUCAUUUCUUUGAUAAGAUAAGCUCAUAGCGUCACAAAGAGGGAACGCAAGUGCCAUUAAAGCUUAUUUAUUUCCGUUCGCUCUCUGAUUCAUUUAAUGGUCGAAACCGCGAGGAGAGAGGGAAUGGCUUGGAGAGAGAGGAGAAAAAACGCUUUUUCUUCAACAUUUCUGAGGGUUUUGUUGUUGUUUUUGGCCUUCGUUGCAACAACAACGACGACGACGGCGCAUGAAGUGAUCCGGCAAAUACAACAGCCACACAAGAAUGCAUACGCCACCAUGAUGUACAUGGGAACGCCGAGAGACUACGAAUUCUACGUGGCUACACGUGUCCUGAUCAGAUCGCUGGCCAGACUCCACGUCGACGCUGAUCUCGUUGUCAUUGCCUCCGUCGACGUUCCUCCCCGAUGGGUUCAAGCUUUGGAACAGGAAGAUGGUGCGAAGGUGGUGAGAGUGGAGAACCUUAAUAACCCAUAUGAACAUUCUGACAAGAGAUUCAAGUUGUCACUGAACAAACUCUAUGCCUGGAAUCUAGUUGAUUAUGAAAGGGUGGUCAUGCUUGAUUCUGAUAACCUCUUUCUUCAGAAAACUGAUGAAUUGUUCCAGUGUGGACAGUUUUGUGCUGUUUUCAUUAACCCUUGUAUCUUCCAUACAGGCCUGUUUGUGUUGCAGCCAUCAAACGAAGUGUUCAAGAAAAUGGUUCAUGAAAUCGAAAUUGGGAGAGAAAAUCCAGAUGGUGCAGACCAGGGUUUUAUUGGUGGCUAUUUCCCUGACUUGCUUGAUCAGCCAAUGUUCCAUCCUCCCCACAAUGCCACCAAGCUUAAUGGACACUAUAGGCUUCCUUUGGGCUAUCAAAUGGAUGCCACAUAUUAUUAUCUUAGACUGCGAUGGAAUGUACCCUGCGGGCCAAAUAGUGUAAUUACAUUUCCUGGUGCGCCAUGGUUGAAGCCAUGGUAUUGGUGGUCAUAUCCUAUCUUUCCAUUAGGCAUUUCAUGGCAUAAUACUCGCCUUCAAACUCUCGGGUAUAGCGCAGAGAUGCCAAUGGUGCUUAUUCAAACAGUAAUUUAUCUGGGAAUAAUAGCAGUGACGCGUCUGGCACGGCCUAACAUCCCUAAGCUUUGCUAUCGAAGCAUUGACAGGAGUGUCUCAUUGAUACAAGCAGGGCUGAAAUUAGUAGCAAUAUGGUGCAUUCUUGCUGCGUACAUAGUUCCCUUCUUUCUUGUACCUACAACUGUGCAUACAUUAUUAGGCUGGUCAUUAUACUUACUAGGCACAUUUGCACUUUCCUCUAUAGCAAUCAACUCAUUUUUCUUGCCAAUGCUCCCUGUUCUGUCUCCAUUGCUGUUGAUAUUUGGGUCACUUUUGGUCAUGGCAUUUCCUUGGUAUUCAGACGGUAUUGUAAGAGGUUUGGCUAUAUUUGGGUACGCUUUGUGCAGCUCACCCUUUGUUUGGGAUUCAUUUGUUAAGAUUACGGCAUGUCUACAAGUGUCGCUUGAGAGGGAAGCGUUUUUCCCAAGAUUGGGUGAGUCUACACCAGCUCCUGGAUUUAACAAGUUGUACUGAGGAGCAAGUAGCUGCUUUAUUUUUUGUGGGAGAAGGUGAUGGGCAAGUUUUGAUUCUGCAGGGUCUUUCCUGGAUCUUGUAUUUUCUUGUAAUUUUUCACUUCUGUACAACAGCUGAUACAUUUUAGAACAGCGGACCCUGAGCUUACUUCAUUUAGAACAGCAACCAUAUAUUCAUACACAUUGUUCCUUCAA